AUGAGUACAGUCACUCUACGUCGUCUUGUAACACUAUCCUUUGCGCUUUGCUACGUGUUACUUGGAGUUCCUUUAUGGUACAGAUUGACUACCAUAUACAGGGCACCACUACCUGCAGAAUACAUUGAGAGUUUGCAUGCAAACCUCCACGAAGAUAUCCAUUUGACUAUCCCUGUAUACGUGCAAUCGGAUAUAUAUAACUUUCCUGAUGUAUGUGAUGCCAUUCAAAGACAGGCGGAUGAGCUAUUACAGAGUGCUGAUGAACACCAAAGAAAGGUACAGUGGUCGUUGCAAAUACUACCGUUCAAAGAGGGCGAAACAGAUCCAAAUAACGAUCAUGUGGUCAAGUUGGUUUUGGAUGAGUCCAUGGGACUAACGAUACCUCAAUUGACCAAAGAAACUAUUAUAUUUUUCAAUGAUGAAUCCCUGGUGAACAACGAUCUUCCAUUUUUCGUCGCUCAGGCCCUAAUAGAGCACACGUUUAAGAUAGAAUGGGAGCAUUUCAGUAAAUAUCAUCAGAACUCUGUUAAAAGUGACUCAAAAUCCAGGAACAUGGCUGUAAAUUAUGACCCAAACAUCCAUAUCUCGAUCUCCCUUUUAACUGGUGAUGCGGAACCUAUUGCCUGGGAUAUUGACGCUACUUUAAGGGAAUAUUUCACUCCAAUUAGAGAUCUCCUUUCUCCAUUGGUGAACUUUACCGUUGACACAGGGAUUGAGUAUCAUAACGACUUGAAUUUACAUUCUUUAUCUAACGCUGAAUACGUUUCCUGGAAUGAUCUUUCUCACACUUUGGAUUUGUCUGACCUCUUCUCCGUGAACCAUUAUCGGGAACAAAAUUCCAUAAAUCUAGCCAUUGUCUUUCCUUCAGUUGAAACUGGGUCCUUAGCUUUUAUCAACGAGACAGGAAAUGGUAUUGACUGGAAAUCAUUCUUAGUACCACAGUGGGGUGUUGUUGUGAUAAACAAAGAUCCAUUACCAACAAAUGCUUACAUAACAAACGACUACCUUGCUGAUGUCAUUUCAACUUUUGCCCACGACAUCUUCAAAUUAUUGGGAUUGAGUGAGGUAGCUGAAGAUAUGAACUCACCAUUAGUUAGGAUAGACUCAUUUAAGAGGAAAGUCAUUAUUGAUAACUUGGAGAAAAGUGUCACUACUUUAUCCUCUUUAGUUAGUAUGACGAAUCAUUUACAACAAAUGUCUAUUCCAAGGGAAGUUCUCGAAGACGUCAACAAUGCAUUAAAUCUCAGAUUGCAGAUCGUGGACCUUUUGAACAACCCCGAACUUGGCAGUGAUGAAAUCUGGAACGAAGCAUUAAGGCUCUCUAAUAGACUUGUAAAAAUAUGUGAGCGUGCAUUUUUCCACAAAGAAAUGGUUCAACAGACAUUCUUCCCACAAGAACACAAGAUUGCUGUCUAUUUGCCAUUACUUGGGCCAAUAACUGUUGUUACUUUUACAGCAUUUUUCAAGUCCUUAAAGGAAGUCAUUACAAAGUCUAAGAAAGAAGAUGGAAAAGAUGGCAAGGCUGACGAUAAGGGACAAAAGGCAGAGUAA